AUGGCUCGCAAGUCGGCGACCAGCUUCGAGGGCCCAGCCAACGGACACGCGACCACUCCCUCAUCUCUCAAGGACGAGAAACCAACCAUGACCUCUCCUCUACAAGAAACCACCACCAACAGCAGUGCCGCGGACGUCGACGACGAAGAAAAGCCCAUUCCCUUCGACCCAUCGCUCCUACCAAACGGAUCCCGCGAUCUUUCCUUCAUCGGCCUCCAAGCCUUCUUCCUAGGAAUCACUCUCGCCACCAGCAUUCUCCUGACCCUCUACUUCCUCAGCAUAACCUCCGCAUGGUGGAGACUAUCCUCAUUCGUCACAUGCCUAAGCAUCUUCCAUUUCCUGGAAUACUACACCACAGCAAGAUACAACGCCCCCUCAACCCGAGCCUCCAGCUUCCUCCUCUUCAACAACGGCAGCGCGUAUGCCGCAGCACACACAUUAGCGACGCUAGAAAUCAUCCUCUCCAUCAUCUUCCCCAAAUACCACGCCGCGGGCCUCUAUCGUCCCCUAACCCUCACAGCGGGAGUGACUUUCAUCCUUCUGGGCCAGACGGUUCGAAGUAUCGCUAUGAAGCAGGCAGGAACAAAUUUCAAUCACAUCGUCGCUACGGAGCACAGGCAAAACCACAUUUUGGUCACGCGCGGAAUGUACGCUUACCUGAGACAUCCGAGUUACUUUGGAUUCUUCUGGUGGGCGAUUGGAACGCAGUUGCUGGUGGGGAAUAAAGUCUGCUUGGUGGGAUAUGCGGUCGUGCUUUGGAAUUUCUUUUACACUCGCACUAUUGUGGAGGAGAGAAACCUCGUCAAGUUCUUCGGACAACAAUAUGAGGAGUAUAGGAAACGGACUGGAACCUUGAUUCCUUUCGUUCCGUGA